AAUGAAAAGUUUUGACGUGUAUGAAUUUUGAUGCCAUUUGCCGUCUGCGGGUUUGUGAGCGGUUGAGCUUUGUACAUAGUAUUGGUAUUUCGGUAUUCUUUGCCAUCAAGUCACCUCUAAACUUAAUCGUAUUUUUGGCCUCUUACUCUCAAAAUGGGAGGCUCUCAAAGUGCGGAGAUUCCCGGAGGUGGAACUGAAGGCUAUCACGUACUGAAAGUUCAAGAUCGGUCUCCUGGAGAAGCUGCUGGCUUGGAGGCUUUCUUUGACUUCAUUGUUGCUGUUGGAACACAAAGACUGGAUCAAGACAAUGAUACAUUGAAGGAAAUUCUGAAAAGUAAUAUUGAUAAAGAAUUGAAGAUGGUAGUGUAUAGCAGCAAGACACAGUCUAUUCGGCAAGUGGACAUCACACCUAGUGCCUCAUGGGGCGGGCAAGGCCUUUUAGGUGUCAGCAUUCGGUUCUGCUCGUUUGAAGGAGCCAAUGAAAACGUUUGGCAUGUUCUCGAAGUGCAUCCACAGUCUCCGGCAGAACUAGCUGGUCUAAAAGCCUUUUCAGACUACAUAAUUGGAGCAGAUUCCAUCCUACAUGAAAGCGAAGAUUUAUUCACUUUAAUUGAAACUCAUGAAGGGAGGCCAUUGAAACUGUAUGUUUAUAACAUCGAUAGUGACAGCUGUCGAGAAGUGACAAUAACUCCCAAUUCACAGUGGCCUGGAUCUGGAAGUUUGGGUUGCGGAAUUGGAUACGGAUAUUUGCAUCGUAUCCCUGUAAGACAACACUCACCUGACAAGGCGGCUGUGCGCAAACUCUCCAAAGUUCCACAACCUCCUCUCUUGAAAUCAUCUCCUCCGGGAUCUAUGGUUGCAGUAGAUGCAUCCAAGCUCAAUUACGCUAUUGAUGCUAUCGGAUCAAUGAGGUUGAACAAUGGAAACCAGACAACAUUAUCUGGAGGGGUCCAGAGUUCUGUGUCUUCGGAAGGAUCAAAGUCUCUCAGUCAAUCUGCUUCUAUUGUUGGAACUGCUUGCUCCAUCCUGCAGGCUCCAACAUUUGCACAAAAUUUGCCGCCUUCAUCGCAACAUCCAACUGCAAUGGGUGCUUCAACGACUGUCGGAACUGGGCCCAGUAAUAGUGAUUGUACUUUUCAGUCAAAUCACUUUGCUCCGGUGAACUCGAACGAGACAAGCUCUUCAACAUUAAUGAGUCCCUCGUUUAAUCAAAAAUAUAACAACCAACUCAAUUGCUCUUCUAGUAGUGCUAAUAUUGCAAGUCACCCUAUGUCACAGAUGAAAGGAGAAAGUAAUCCCAAUUUAACAUUAAUUGAUUCUCCUGCUAUUUCUAGUUGUAACGUUGGAGCUUUUGAUUCAAAUAAGUCCAACGUGAUAAUGUCUGUAGAGCAGCCAGUUAGUCAUUAUAAUCCAAGUGCUAUGUAUCCUCCUCAACAAUAUCAUUACGUCGCGAACAACGGAGUUUCUGGAUUGAACGCACCCUCACAGUCUGCUGGAAACAGCAAUCAGUAUUUUCCAGACCCAGGAACAAGCCAUUUAUUCCCAUCACCUCCCCCCAAAAGCGGAGAUGAUGCAGUUGGAGUGAUUCCUUCUAUUCCCUCCUUGACUUCAACCUAUGCAACAACAAUUCACUCAGGCUGUCAACCAAGUGUUCCUGGAAUGCCAGUGACUACUCCUAUCAAUCUCCCAGGAAUGCCUCCCAUCACCGUUAGUGCAACUCUGCCGUUCACCACAAUUGAAUCAAUACAAUCAAUGGUGCCAACUUCUCAACUAUCCCAUUGAUGAAAAAAAGAAAAAACCUAAACUUUUAUUUAAAGAAACUUGCCCAAUUACUCAGUGAGGGUGUGGUCUCGAUGAAGUGGCAGUCAUAGAUCCCUAAUUAUCCUACAUAUUUAUUAUCAAUGUCAUUUUAUAACUUUUAAUAUUUUUUUUUUGUUAACUUCUUAAAAAAAGUUUUAAUUCUUGUUAAGUUAAUUGAUAUGUAUUAAAUUUUGUUAUGCAUAUUAUGGAAUGGAAGUUUACUUCUUGCACAUCAGAAGUAGGCCAUCAGGGCUCACCGAAAUCUAACCGCCGAGUGAUGAGAACGGACAUUUUUUGAAACCCUACGAUCACUAAAGUAACGCCCAAGGCUUACUUCUAUAGUUUGCCGUGUUUUUCGCAUUCAUUACCGUUGAUUAUUUAUCAUUACUAUCUGAGAAUUUGCCCGCCUUAAAUAAAUUGGAAAUUUAACAUUCAGUCAUAUAUUUUCGUUGAUGAUACUGACCUUGGCAAUAUAAUCAAUUUUUUCUGAAAUAUUACUUACCGUGAGCUUCAAUAGACAUGCCUAAUGUGUCCUUUAUUUUCAUGAAACUUGAGUCUUCGGAGUAUCCAAAUUAAAUAUUAUAGCAAAAUUAAGUUAAAAAAAUGUAAACAAAUGCAGACAGUGGGAAAUUUCUUUGUCUUCACUAGUGGGCCGAAUGUAACCAGUUUCCUUUGAGAUAUGUACGUGGUCUGUCCGGAAAGUAUCAGGACUUUUUGAUUAUCUCGGAAUGUAAUGCAGAUAUUGAGCUGAAACCUGGGGUGGGCUUUGCCCAUGUCCUCUCUAAUGCAGCCACACAAUUGGGCUUUCACACCUUUAAUCAGUCGAUUGCAAUCAACUGAUCAAAGUGUGUGUGUCAAGUGCUAUCGUCGCGUUUUUUUUUUUUUUUUUCGUGAAAUGACCGAGCGUAAAGAUCAUAGAAUUUGUAUUAAAUUUUGCUUUAAUCUGGAAAAUACUGCCAAGGAGACCAUGGAAAUGAUUCGGAAAGCUUUCGGCACUGAUUCUAUGAGCAAAAGCAAUAUUUAUGAGUGGUAUAAUCGUUUUAAAUCGGGUCGUGAAACAGUCGCUAGUGAUCCGCGGUCCGUGAGACCUUCGUCGACGAAUUCUCCCGAUAACGUGGAAAAAGUUCGGGAAGCUAUUGCCCAAGACAGUCGGUUAACCGUGCGGGAACUGGAAGAGCAGCUAUAUAUCCCAAAGACCAUUUUUACGGAAAUUUCAACUGAAAAACUCGGGCUCCGUAGAGUGGCAGCGAAAUUUGUGCCAACGCUCCGGCUCAUUUCUCCUGUCUUGUGCAACAGUUUCUGGCAAAGCACGGUAUUUCUCUGGUUCCACAUCCUCCAUACAGUCCAGACUCAGCUCUCUCUGGCUGUUCCCAAAGCUGAUAUCUCCAAUGAAAGGGACUCGAUUUGACUCCAUCAAUGACAUCAAAGAGAGUACGACGAGAGCGCUGAAGGAUAUCCCAAAGGAGAGCUUUUUGGACUGUUUUGAAAAGCUCAAAAAUCGCUGGAACAAGUGCAUUGUGUCUUACGGAGAGUACUUCGAAGGAGAUUAAAGCCACAAUGUCAUAGGGAAGCUCGAUUUCUCAAAAUGUAAAAAGUCCUGAUACUUUCCGGACAGACCACGUAUCUGAGGUUGCGAAAGCAAGUAAACUUAAAGCUCUGCACUCAUGUUGUUUUUUAUGGAUCAGAGGCCAAAAUUUACUCUUGAAUGCUGAGAGCUAAGCCCCAAGGGGCCAUCCUUCAAUGGAAAUAGUAUUUUGAUUUUUUGAUCCCUCAUGUUGGGCACCAUUAAUGUUACUUUUAGCACAUGUCAAUCACCUCCAAAAGCCCCUUCAAGACAAUAACUUCAUUGUUAGUGUGGAUAUUGAUGCGGGAGUGGACUGUUGACAAUAAUAAAAAUGAAUCAAAAUGUU